AGGGAGCGAGUCUCAGUCUUAAGGAAUUCAUUUGCAAUGCGCUUCAUCUUCAGGCCAUGGCUCUAACCGCCAGGGGUCCAGGUCGAGGGCAGGAUCCGACGCAGACGCGUCACAAGACGCAGAGUGCAUCCCCACGGCCCCAACGAUUCUGCGCCGUGGAUGCUGUGCGGGUGGCCAAGGAGGAACUCGCAGCUUCUGGGCCCAUUGUGAAGGCCGGACGGCUGCGGCUGGCGAGAGUCUUGGAUGAGUCCACGAGCGAUGUUGGGCCAAUUCUGCACGAAGGCUUCUACAAGCUGGCUGCAGCAGUGACCAGGCCAGAGCCCACUUUGCGGCAAAAGGCUACAGCCUUGCAGAAAUCCUUGGAGAUGCAGCUCAAGUGUCUCAGACAAAAAGGUGAAGUGGACCAGAUGCAUUGGACCGAACAGAAGGCUCCUCUGCAGCUUCCAGCCCUAGAAGGAGCUGAACGUGUGGAGACGUUCCUCACCCAGGAGGAAGCGAGUGUGGACCCUGUUGGAGGAGCUGAGCUUCAGCUGGUGUCGGCCUCAGCCCCGCUGAGAGCUCCCAGCAUGGCGGCCGCGGCCGAGCGGGCGAGAGAGGAGAUGGAGCUCUGUAUCGAUACCCUGCUGUCCUAUGCGCGGGAGACCUCCACGGAAUCGCGGGAGCGCCGUGCACUGCUGGACUCAACCAGCGAAGCGGCCGCUGCCUCGAUCCGGAAGUUUCUCGACCUCAUCGAAAGGCAGGCGGAGGCUGUGCGUGAAGCUGGGGAGAAGAUGGAGGAGCUGCAGGGUCGCAUCAGAGAGCUGGAGGAAGACAAUGACGGCUUGCGGCGAGUGGUGCAACAAGCGCUCAAAGAUGAGGGAGAAAUGCAGAGACAGAAGGAGGAAAAAGAAACUGAGGUUGAAGAAGGACAGCAGAAACUUUCAGAGGCGGAGAGCCGCUCCGAGGAGUUGUCCACGCAGCUGCAGAAGGCCUUGGAGACUCUCAGGAUGCAGGAGGAGAAGCGGAGAGAAGCGAAGGAAAAGCUCCGUGAUGGAGGAAAUUCUCCCAUGAUGCACUUCUCCACCUUCGUUCUCGGCCCCGACCAGGUCCCAUCAGGCAAUGCCCACAUUAGUGGUGAGGUCAAGGAGCGCAUGGAGCCCACCCGGAGCGAAAGCGGGCUCGCACGAAGGACGGAGCGGAAGAACGACGCUGCACAGAGCAACCCCACCUCCAAGCGGGAUUCCCUCACUUCUCAGGGUGAUGUUCGUGUGCACGCAGCCCCUGCCUUCGCGCGCUCGCGCUCCGACUCGCACAGUGUGGUGGUCUCUCGGAGUAUGACCCCUGAGCAGUUGUUGGAGAGUUCCAGUGAGGUUGAAGAGGAGACUGCAGCACCGGUCAUGGUGAAGAAGAUCUCCUCUGGACCUCGGCGCAAGAGCUUCGAGGAGGAGGAUUCGGAGUCGGAUGGCGCGGUCGAACCGCCCAGGCCCUCACCCUUGGCCGCCUCCUUUCCAGCCUUGGUCCCGUUCUUGGACUUUCAAAAGGACGCGGAAAGUGAGAAGAUCAAGGCCCAGACUGUGGCACAGAAUCAUGAGCAUCUUGAGAAGCACAUGGUGCUGCUCCAGGAAGAAAAGAACAAGCACAUGGAGCAGAACAAGCUCCUGCAAAAGGCCGUGGACUCGACCUUGGAGCGACUCCUGGUCUGGGUGCAGGCCGGCUUCGAUUCCCUGCGCGACUUUGGUCCCGAAUCCGUGCAGCAGGAUGCUGUUGCCUUGGCGGCCAUCAGAGAUAUGCUCGCGUGGCUUUCUUCAUGCCUCAACCGAAACGUGCCUUCGUGGUUCCCCGCCUUCGCCGCGCCGCUUCCGCGCGCGGCAUGGAUUGAGCCUUCGGCACAUCUUCAGCAGGUGUUGAGCAGUCAUGAGGAGCGCGUGCGGCAAGCCUUGGAAUUGGCCGAAAAGCAAUCCUCAAGUGCUGGGACCAGGAGGAGUGAGGUGGAUGAGCUCCAGAAGGCCCUCCAGGAGCAAACCCAGCGAGCGGAGGACUUGCAGCAGCGCCUGGAAGAGGUCGCUGCUGAACAAGAAGAGCUGGCGUUCCGUCGGGUGGUGGAGGAAUCCACCCCCCCAGUACUUGGCGCUGAGCAGGACUCUGCAAUGCUUGAUGUGGCAGGUGCCCCAGCCAGAGCGGAAAGUGCCGUGACCCUGAGCACAGCGUCUGCCGUGCCGGUCGGGGACUCACAAGCGAUCCACGGACGGGCGGACGGGUGUGUGCGCCGCCGGGCCGCCGGGCCGCCGGACCGUUGGAUGGAGGGGAUGGAAGUGCUGAGAUAGACGAUAUUUUUUCAUUUCCCGCAUGUCCGGACCUUAGGUCCAU